UUCAGGAUGAAAUCGUUCGUGGUGUUAUGCACGCUGCUGGCGGCAGCCGUAGCAGCUCCAGUGGCACAGUUCGGGUUCGGAUAUCCCGGUCUAGGAGGAGGCAAAGCAUUUCGAAAAGCCCUACGAAGAGGCUUCUUUCCCAUAGCGGUUGCGGUGCCCGUAGCAGUGGCACCGAUCGGUAUCGCCCCGGUCGGUGUCGUAGCCCCGGUAGGAUACGCAGUCCCAGGUAAUGGCUUCGGUCACAGUAAGACUCAUCGAAAACGGGGCAUCCUCGUGCAGAACCUCACCAUCAUCAUCAUCAUCACCAUCGUCACCGACCACAUUUUGAACGGUACGAUGGACCAAUAG